AAGGACCAUCGCUCAACUGCUUCACUACCGGUUCUUUUUCACAUUUUGAAGAUUGAAAACUCAAGAAAUUCACAGAAAUGGCGAAAUCUCAGAUCUGUUUCUUCAUCGGAACCCUAGCUCUGCUCCUCGUUUCAUCAGCUUUCGCCGAUGAUGUCGUUGUGUUGACCGAGGAGAACUUCGAGAAGGAGGUUGGUCAAGAUCGCGGUGCUCUCGUCGAAUUCUACGCUCCUUGGUGUGGGCACUGUAAGAAGCUUGCCCCGGAGUUUGAAAAGCUUGGUGCAAGUUUCAAAAAGGCCAAAUCUGUUUUGAUUGGAAAGAUGGAUUGUGAUGAGCAGAAAACCCUGUGCAGCAAGUAUGAUGUUUCAGGAUACCCCACAAUUAAGUGGUUUCCAAAGGGAUCCUUGGAGCCCAAGAAAUAUGAAGGUGCACGUUCAGCUGAGGCACUUGCUGAGUAUGUGAACACUGAAGGAGGGACCAAUGUGAAGAUUGCUACUGCCCCUUCAAAUGUGGUGAUACUGUCAACAGAUAACUUCGAUGAAGUUGUUAUGGAUAAAUCAAAAGAUGUUCUGGUUGAGUUCUAUGCCCCAUGGUGUGGUCACUGCAAGUCAUUGGCUCCUAUUUACGAAAAGGUUGCAACUGCAUUUAAAUCGGAAGAUGUGGUAAUUGCAAGCCUUGAUGCUGACAAAUACAAAGAUGUGGGGGAGAAAUAUGGCAUAAGUGGCUUCCCAACAUUGAAAUUUUUCCCCAAGAACAACAAGGAUGGUGAAGACUAUGAUGGUGGCCGAGAUUUGGAUGAAUUUGUCAGCUUUAUUAAUGAGAAAUGUGGCACCAGCCGUGACAGUAAGGGCCAACUUACCACACAGGCCGGUAUCAUUGCAUCCUUGGAAAACCUGGUGAAGGACUUUGUAAGUGCGACUGGUGAUGAGAAGAAGGCCAUCUUUGACAAAUUGGAGGAACAAGUUGGGAAGCUUGAAGGCUCUGCAGCAAGGUAUGGAAAGAUCUAUACCAAGGCUGCCAAAAGCUGCUUGGAAAAGGGUACUGACUAUGCAACAAAGGAGAUCCAGAGGCUUGAGCGCAUCCUUAGCAAGGCAAUCAGCUCGACAAAGUCUGAUGAGUUCACUCUAAAGAAGAACAUCUUGUCCAUUUUUGCCGCCUAAUCUGCUGGCUAUUAUGUAUUAUGAUGUUAGGCGAACAUUUAUGUCCCAAGGGCUGAUUUUGCGGGGAUACUAUUUUGGGUUGGGGAAGAGGUUUAUCAUUUAUCAGUGGUGUUCCUGGUGCACGUUGUUUGCUGCACAUUUUCUCCCGGAGCUUAACUGUAAUAUUAGAAUCUAUAGUUGGUUACUUUAGAAAUAAUACACUUGGCGCAAUGUUUACGGCUUCAAUAGCAUUAUAGGAGAAUGACUGUCUUGCUGGUCUGAUCUAUUUUGUUAGCACUGUAAUACAAAUUGAACUUCAAUAUCAUACCAACAUCAACAUGGCAUUUUCAUAUCUGGCAUAAUUGUGCUGCAA